AUGCAUACAAAAUUUUCUGACUCUCGCUACAACCACUCACGAUCGCGAAACCAAUUUUCUCGAUACGUGAUCGGAGACUUUACGUUUGGGCUCUAUCAGCAGAAGGCACGCCACAAGCUCUUUUUACAGAGGAACAUCUCGCGGGUAUUGGAGCAUCACGCGGAGCGGCGGAAGGAGAAACGCCCAUGGGCGAGUUCGACACCUCUUGUGGCCAAAAAUACGACCGACGUCGAGAAGGUCUCAGAAGGGACGAUUUCGGGUGCAAGUGGGGCAGGUCGGGUGGUAAAGAGUGCUGCAGUCGACGGAACAGAGACUUCGGGAGACCCCACUGCCACCUCCAAUUCAUCUCAACUGACAACGCGCAAUAUGUCGUCGAGACCAGACCCUUGUGAGCGGAACGGAACACAGCAAGAGAGCACUAGGCAGCGAAGCAUCAGAGGCCUCGUCAACAAAACGUACCACCAUCCUAAUGCCGAGCUAAUGCUUGACUUGAGUAAUAUCAGAAGGAAACUCAACUUCAAAACCAAUUGUCUUAGCGGCGAUCAGAGGCCUUCCAAACGCCAGAAACGCGACGCUGUCCGAUGCCUGUGCCAUCUGACAAUAUGGGACAAUCGCGAUGGCUGUAAUGUGAUGCCACUUACCACCAAAUCAUCAUAUUGUGAUGUAACAGUCGGUGACAAUGGCGUGCAUGGCUACUUUGUCGACCUCGAACUAGAAGAGCCUUUCGUUGUCAAAGCGACAGAGCUCAAAGUUCCCAUUCAACAAGAGUCGAAAUCUGUUCGGGGAAUUAUCAACAAGUAUUUUCUUGAGAUCAAGAUUAUUCCCUUUGCAGUUGACAGUUGCUGGCCCCCAAUACCAAUUAUGAGCAAGAGCGACGCUGACAAGUUCACUUCGGAAAUCGGGAAGGUAGAAAUUGAAGAGCUGCAAGGAGCUAUUGUCGCAAGAUACACCCACCUUCCACAAGCUCCUGACCCGGAUGUCCCGCUCAGUGUGUUUUUCCUGCAUGAAGGACGCACAUACAAGACGAAUUACGGACUCCAGGUGACAUCAACUUGGCAGAAAUCCGACCUUGUCUCUAAACCUACUGAGCCGGGGAGCAAAGACUUGGAUAUCGACUCGUUUCUGUCCCAAAACUUGAACGCGGUGUAUUUGCCAGAGAGACCAAAAAGGGACCAGAAACCUGCUCCUAAGGCAGCUUCGCAGAGUCCGCACCAACCCGAAACAAGCUAUACCUUUUCUAGUACGAUUUCGAGGCAAGCAGGUACUGGUGAAGAGUUCCGCAAUGCCAUAGUCGAGGGAUAUCGAUGUCCGCUUUGCGCCCCGUGGAAGUCGCGGAGUUUGCAGAAUUUGCUGUUUCAUCUCACGACCACGCAUCCGAAAUAUAAUUUCUCGGUGGCGAGGCUGCGACGAGACCCCAUCACCAACGAGCCGACCGAAAUCCAAAUUAAAGUCGAUACUCUCGUGAACCUCAGAAGGGAGGAGAAUGAUUUUCAAUUUCACUGGCAAGCUCCAGCCAAACCAUUCGACCUCUCGGCCUAUGUAGAAGGCGAUCGUAGCUGGACAGGGGAAAAGGCAGUUAAGAAGCCUCCUUUGAGCGGGAUCACGACUUCCAAUAACUCCUGGUCAACCAUAUCGGGCUCGCGAUAUCCACUAGCGUCUGAGGUCCCUGAUUUUCGUAAACCUAACCGCAGAAAGGCCAGAGCCAUUUGCCUACAGUCCAAGUAUGACACACCCGAAGAUGUAUGGACCUCUAUUUCAGAUCGACCGGUCUCCCCCAGUGAAGAACCACGCAGUGACACAGAUGACGAAGUCGACAAUAGCUUGCAUAUUGAAAGGCAUAUGGAACUGCUUGAAAUCAUGGCUCAAAAACAGGGUUGGAGCAAUCACAAACGGGAGCUCUACAAACGGUGGAACCGACACCGGACGGAAGAACAUCUCGAACAUCCCCGAUAUCUGUCGAAUUCUCUCAUUAGAUUUGUCAGAAAGCAUAGAAGAUGGUUGAAGGACGGGAGUGAUGAGCUGUGUCAAGUUUUCUUCGACUUUUUGAGCGAGCUGAAAGAGAAGAAGGUCAUUGAUGAUAAUGUGGUUGCGGACGUUAACGAGCUGAUUUUCCAAGGUCCUCCAUCGGAUGCACUGGUGGAAGAAAGAGAGACAAGCGAAGCGGUACUUAGUCGUGCACCAGAAGUGGCACAAGGCUCUCAGGGCACUAAAACAGCCAACGUGCAAUCCCGAACUCGAGUGCAGGCGCAAAGAACACAAAAAAGGCAUGGAGAAUCGGACAAGGAAAAUGAACGAGCUCAAACCCAAAUGACAAGUGAAUAUAAAUGCGGCGAUUGCCUCAGGGAAAUCGAGCUUGCACACAAGAACACAAUCUGCUGCGCGGAUCCCGAGUGCAGAACACCCGGAAAGAGGUAUCACAAGAGAUGCGCCUUGUAUCAGAGAUUGUUGUUCGGCAAGAAAAGAAGAAACAUCCCAACGCAUGGGGACUUUGGUCGUCCUCUGCCGGAACUCAGUCCAACCGAGAACGAAAAGCUGGAGAAUUGGAUGUGCAAGCACUGCGUCGCGAAAUGGUGGGUGCUCUUGCUGGACCGUACACCGAAACGGAUACAGCCUGUCAAGAAGAAGCCAAUAAAGAUAAGGAAGAAGGUGAGGAGAAGAAAGGUAGACGAUGAGUCGUUAUUGAAGUGGGCGACCCAUGGGGCACACGAAGAGAGGAUGAAGAAGGAGGAGAUGAUUAAGAAUACGAUGGCAGCGAACGAGGGGGCGAAUGGAAAGGGCAAGGAGUUCGAUUCGGAACAAGAUGGUGCUCCCCAUGAGGAUAGGUGGAGGGAGCCAGACGAAAACAGCGAGCCCGAAAAGGAUGGGGAGCCCGAUGCCGACAGCGAGGGCGGCGGCGACGGCAAGGGCUAG